CAAGAUUUUUAAAACAAAGUUUGAAUAUAAAAUUUGAAAUAGAAGGGUAGAAGUAAUGUGAAAGAUUAUCAUUCUUUGAUAGAGCCAUCCUGCAAUGCUUGUCAAUCAACGAUUAAAUGUUGAUUAAAAAAGUCGAGAAUUUAUUUAUAAAUCGAUAUUGUUUAUUAUUUAACAUCAGCAAUAUCGAUCCUUUGAAGGUUAAAUUUUCUGAUGAAAGAAUGAUGAGAAAAAAUUAAUUUACAAUUAAAUUAUUAAUAACGGAAAAAUAUUUGUUUUGUGAUAUUUUGAAUGAUGAAGCCGAGUUAAAGUAUUCUCCGCACGAUAAUAUCGAAGUUCACCGUUUGUCACCUAUUUUCAGAGCGAGGCCAGCCACACUGCCAUCGUCUUUCGAUUGACAAGCGUUUCCAAAUUCACGAUUUGUUCCAGCCAUCAUCAUCGCCGUAGAAUUUCGUUUUCCGUUUUCCUUAUCAUGUUGGAACCAUUGAUCGUGCUUACAGUGUUGAACUGUUUCUUCAUGUUCAGCUCAACUGUGACGACUUGCGCGUUGUGGUAAUCGAAGUAUAUAAACAGUAUUCCCAUCUUACUUCUUUUUAAUGUGUUCGCCAGGUGGCAAUAUCGUACUCAUCGUUGCUGUUUCAAGAAAGAUUCCAUGCAACAGAGUAUGAAGUACAAUUUAUCCAAAUCGAGGAACUCGUCGAAGAAACCCGUCGAAAAUCGAAACAAGCAGGAUAAUAACCCCUCGAGUUCUAUCCAUCGAAGCAAAUCGAAUGUGACUAUGAACCGUGACAAAAAUAGGAGAACUUCGAAGAACAAAGCGAGAUUGAGCGCCAAGCUUCAGUCGGACAGCAAGAUACCUAGCGAUGAAAGAUUAUCCAUAGAAACAAUGAGAAAUUGGGAUCUCGAGGAGAAGGCGAAGAUGUCAGAAGCAUCGCAAACAGCAGAAGCGAAAUCGGCGGUGGUGAUGGAGUAUUCAACCGUGCAAAAAAUUGUCCAAAUUUUGGACAACGAGGAAGACAUUCUGGCCACGAAGAUGGCCAUGAAAGAGCUCAGUUCUAAACCGAUUAUCGAAGAAAAGAAACCGACAGUAGAGAUAGUAAAUGAACCACAGUACGAGUUAGUUCAAGCUUUACCCGAGUUCGAGACAAUGCCUGAAGAACAGACAUAUAUCAAUUAAAUUUUGAGAAAUAAAUUUAAUAUAUUUUUAAUUUGUUCUUGUUUCUUUACAUUAUUAUUAUAAGUAUAUAUGGACAAUGGAUAUACAGAUUAUUGGACAUAUUAUGGACAAUGGAUUAUUCACUUUGAAUAUUUUCUAUCAAUUAUUUUUAUUUUACAUCUUUUGGAUGUAAAAUAAGAUAUGAAAUAAGAUGUACAGAUGAUUAAUUUUGUGGUUGUUCGACACUUUCGACAUUUUCUAAUCUGGCAAAAAUAUUUCCUCUUCUUCGUUCACAAAUUUUGUAAAUCUUCUUUUUUUUUUUGCAAUUUCAGUCUGCUGAUUAUCAUCUGUUUAUAUUUUAUUAUCAAAGGAUAUACUAAUAAUA